AUGGGAAUGUGUUUGGUAAGAGCAAGUGCAGAAGAUUCUGGCGAUCAAAGCAAGCCCGAGAGAAGAAGUUUCCUGAGCUUAGCUGAAGCAGGUCUUGUCGAAAUCUCGGGACUUGGUGCACACGAGAAGUUUCUAUGUCGACUAACGAUAUCGUCGUUGAAUUUACUAAGAGUGAUAUCGGAGCAAGAAGGAUGUUCAAUAGAAGAACUGAAUGCUGGAAAGAUAUGUGAUUGGUUCUUAAAAGAUAAGCUGAAGCGAGAGCAUAACAUCGAAUCUGCUGUUCUUCAGUGGGAUGAUCCUGAUUUUCCAUUUUGA